UUUCAUUCUUUUCUUUGUUUAUUUGAUUUCGUUUAUUUUCCUUAGACUUGAAUUGAUAAUGUUUACAUUUUAUAAUUUUAUGUUUUGAAAAUAUAAUCGAAACCAAAAUGAAUACCGAUAAUUCACCUAUGAAUUUGAGCCAAAAUCAGGCAAAAUAUUUAUUUAGCGAAGGAGCAAUCUUAAUUAUUGCAGGAGUUCCAGUUGGUACUGAAUUCGGCAUAGACCUGUGCACAUAUACAGUUGGAGAAAGAUUUAGGGGUAUUAAAAUGAUACCGCCUGGACCACAUUAUGUAUAUUGCGCUUCGCAAGGAUUGUAUGGUGAUGCAGCACUUCGCGUUGGUUUCCUUUAUUACUUUAAAUCUAAUGAAAUAGUUAUACGAGAAUGGGAUAAUCAAAACGAGGAAUUACGUCAAAGGCAAAUUGAAAACCCUGAACUAGAAAAACGAAGCAUAAGAGAAAAUUUAAAAGAAUUAGAUAAGUUUCUGGGUCCGUAUGACUAUCGAUACAUUACAAAUUGGAAGAAUUUGACAGAUUGUAUUACAGAAAGUGGUAUUUUAAAAUAUGCUCCUAGUUGUGGAGGGAAUAUAAAAACAAAUAUAGAACUGCUUUCUUGCCCAGAUUCCGACAGACCUAGAGGAAAAACUAUUACAAAAGCAGCAUCAAAAAUGAAAUCAAAUAGUUCAUUUGAAGAAAAGGAUUUAUUACCAGAUCUGAAGCCCAUACCUGGAACAAUACCAAAUUUUGCGAAAAUUCCUCUUAGAAUUCCUGAUGGUUGUAAAGCUUCUGAUAAAUCUAAACAUUAUAUGGAUUGUAUUGACGCUGUAAAAAAACUUGUUGAUCUUUUUCCGGAUUAUGAGAGAGUUAUUGAAGAGAUUCAACUAUCUUUUGUAAGUUUCUUAGCUGGGUACUCCGUUGAAGCUUUGGAACAUUGGAGAAAACUUCUAAAUAUGUUAUGCAAUUCAGAAACUGCGAUAAUAAAGUAUAGGCUCUUAUAUAUGAAAUAUUUGGAAAUUUUGCAUUAUCAAUUACCUCUUCUACCUGAAGAAUUAAUGGAGCCAACAGAGAAAAAUACUGUUUACAAGGAUAUUAGAAAUUUGCUCAUUAAUGCGACAAAGGGUGGAAUAAUUCGUAGCGCUGAAAAAUUAAGCAAUCAUUUAGCUAAAACUAUGAAAUGGAAUUUUCAUAAUUUGUUAGAUGAAGAUCCAGAAGAUUUACCAGUAAUCGUUGAAAUUUAGAAAAUAAAUUUUAAAAACAUAGUGUACAAA